AUGGCCCCAUUCCUGGUUUUCACCCAGAACCACUGCUGGAUCCUGCUGUUGUCCAUCUCCCUGAGCCUUGCCCAGUAUGAACACUGGCCCUACCUCCCCGAGCCACCCCCCCAGGUGUACCAGCCCCCUGAGAGAGCAGCCAAUGUCCCCAAGAUCCAGCUGCGCCUGGCGGGGCAGAAGAGGAAGCACAACGAGGGCAGGGUGGAGGUUUUCUACAGUGGGGAGUGGGGCACCAUCUGUGAUGAUGACUUCUCCAUCCAUGCUGCACACGUGGUCUGCAGGGAGCUGGGCUACGUGGAGGCAGUUUCCUGGCUGCCAAGCUCCAAGUAUGGGAAAGGAGAAGGGAAGAUUUGGAUGGACAAUGUCCACUGCAAUGGCAAGGAGAGCACCCUGGCAGCUUGUACUUCCAAUGGCUGGGGAGUGAGUGACUGCAAGCACAGUGAGGACGUGGGGGUGGUCUGCAGUGAGAAGAGGAUCCCUGGCUUCAAGUUUGACAACUCCUUGCUCAACCAGAUAGAGAACAUGAACAUCCAGGUGGAGGACAUCAGGAUCAGGGCCAUCCUGGCCACCUACCGCAAGCGCGUCCCGGUCACCGAGGGCUACGUGGAGGUGAAGGAUGAAGGCACCUGGAAGCAGAUCUGUGACAAGCACUGGACCAUGAAAAAUUCCCGUGUGGUCUGUGGCAUGUUUGGGUUCCCCAGUGAGAGGAAAUACAACACCAAUGUCUACAAGAUGUUUGCCAGCAGAAGGAAGCAGCACUACUGGCCUUACUCCAUGGACUGCAGUGGGAAUGAAGCUCACAUCUCCAGCUGCAAACUGGGCAACCACCUGCACGUGGACGCGGGGAAGAACUCCACGUGUGCCAGCGGGAUGCCAGCCGUGGUCAGCUGUGUCCCUGGCCGUGCCUUUGCCCCCAGCAGCCACACUGGCUUCCGAAAAGCCUUCAGGCAGGAGCAACCACUGGUGAGGCUGAAAGGAGGAGCCAACACUGGGGAAGGACGAGUUGAAGUGCUGAAAAAUGGGGAGUGGGGGACAGUUUGUGAUGACAACUGGAACCUGGUGUCAGCCAGCGUGGUGUGCAGGGAGCUGGGCUUUGGCAGCGCCAAGGAGGCCAUCACAGGAGCAAGGCUUGGGCAAGGAAUGGGUCCAAUUCACCUGAAUGAAAUUGACUGCACAGGCUUUGAGAAAUCAGUCACAGACUGCAAGUUCAACACGGAGUCCCAGGGCUGCAACCACGAGGAAGAUGCUGCUGUGAGAUGCAACGUCCCAGCCAUGGGUUUCCAGAACCAGCUGCGUCUGAGCGGCGGCCGCAGCCCCUUCGAGGGGCGGGUGGAGGUGCUGGCUGAACGCAACGGGUCCCUGGGCUGGGGCACUGUCUGCAGCCAGGGCUGGAGCACCGUGGAGGCCAUGGUGGUGUGUAGGCAGCUGGAGCUGGGCUUUGCCAGCCAUGCCUUCCAGGAAACCUGGUACUGGCACGGGGACGUCAGCGCCGACGACGUGGUGAUGAGCGGGGUGAAGUGCUCGGGGACAGAGAUGUCCCUGUCCCACUGCAGGCACGACGGGCCCCGCGUCUCCUGCCCCCGCGGGGGCGGCCGCUUCGGGGCGGGGGUGUCCUGCUCGGAGACUGCCCCCGACCUGGUGCUGAACGCGGAGCUGGUGGAGCAGACAGCCUACCUGGAGGACCGGCCCAUGUUCAUGCUGCAGUGUGCCCUGGAGGAGAACUGCUUGGCCAGCUCUGCCACCAACACCUCCCUGACCUCGGGCUACCGCCGCCUCCUCCGCUUCUCCUCCCAGAUCCACAACAACGGCCAGUCCGACUUCCCGCCCCGCAACCGCCGCGCCGGGGUCUGGCCCGACUGCCCCAGGCAUUACCACAGCAUGGAGGUUUUUACCCACUAUGAUCUCCUGAACCUCAAUGGGACCAAGGUGGCUGAAGGACACAAAGCCAGCUUCUGCCUGGAAGACACAGAAUGUGAACCAGAUGUCCAAAAACAGUACGAAUGUGCCAAUUUUGGAGAGCAAGGGAUCACAGUGGGAUGCUGGGAUGUCUAUCGGCACGACAUCGACUGCCAGUGGAUCGACAUCACUGAUGUCCCACCAGGGGAUUAUCUCUUCCAGGUUGUCAUCAACCCAAACUAUGAGGUUGCUGAGUCUGAUUAUUCCAACAACGUGAUGAAGUGCAGGAGCCGGUACGACGGGCAGCGCAUCUGGAUGUACAACUGCCACAUAGGUGGCUCUUUCAGUGAGGAGACAGAGCAGAAGUUUGAUCACUUCAGUGGACUCACAAAUAACAAGGUGUCCACCCGAUAGAAGAGCCUCCCACCCCACUAUUUAAAGAAGCAAAGUUCCUGCUUCGGUGAUUCCCCUCAACCACUG